AGAACCUCUAGUUGACCAUUAAAUAACAGAAAUUCAGACUGAUUUAAUAAAUUUUUUUUAAUCAUUAAGUUGACGAUUAUUGAGUCAAAAAGUUUUAUUAAAAUUUCUAAAUGAUGAAAGGUUAUUGCCUCAUCUUCUGCCUUUUCCUUUCAAUUAUUCACAUUUCCACAUCAACAGACAUCAAUUGUUCUUUUGAAUAUUACUCUUUUACUGUUAUUGGCAACACUUACCACUGUGACAUCCGCUAUGAUCCAAACAUAAUUUCAGCAGAGACAGCAGUCGUCAAUAGUGCAACAGGAACCCAUGAAAGCUACAGAUCUGACUAUGAUGUCGCUGGAAUCUAUUCAAGCAGCAAAAAAAUUGAAGUUUUUCCGCGCGGUUUAGAAAAAAUCUUUAAAAAUCUUAAAUUAAUCGCAAUUUACUACGGAAGACUCACAGAAGUUCAUCAAGCUGACCUUAAACCAUUCACAAAACUAGUAUAUUUAAGCUUGGCAAACAAUGACAUCAAAAUUAUUGAAGAAGGUCUCUUUGACUUUAAUCCAAAGCUUGCCUUCAUCUCUUUCGCAGAGAAUAAAAUCCUUCAAAUCCAUCCAACAGUUUUUAAUAAUUUAAAGGAGCUCAGACAUCUGAUUUUGGAAGGUAAUUCAUGCACUAAUCGUAGGGCUGAUAGCAGUGUCUUUCAAGUCAAAUAUAUCAUCGGUGAAUUUAAGGCUAAAUGUCAAUAUACCGGAUCGACAGCUGCUGCUCAAACCACUACAACAGAAUGGACAACAACAAAAACAACUGACUGGGAAGAUUCAUCAAUUGAAGAAUUUGUGGAAACUACACAUGCUCCACAUAGAAAGAGUCAAUCUGUUCAGCAUAAAAAUCAUAUUUUGGUGAUAUCUUUGGCUGUUAUAAUUAAUGCAGUUCUUAGGUUCUAGCCAAUAAUACUUUCCCGAGCAGCACAAGUUGGUCAAUCAAUUAGAAUGUGCUGUUCUGUAUUGUUAAAAUAUUGCUUUGAAGCAUCAAUUGACGUCAUAGUUAAGUCGCUCUCAGAUUGACAUCAGUGACUGCAACUUCUCACGACUUUAAAAAACGAGAGAAAUAAAGAAGAAAAAAGUUUUUAAUCAUUUUUGUGGUUCAUUUCCAUUUAUUAAGUCCACAAAGACAAAAUUUAAAUUUUGUUUAUUAAAAUUCCCAAAAAUAAAUCAAAUGUUUGGCAGAAAAAACUCAAUAAAAUGAGAAUCUUAUGCUGCCUGACUUUACUCUCAUGCUCAAUUUUAAGUCUCUCAUCAUCAACGUCUCUCGAUUGUUCAUAUGAAUAUUGGACAUUUGCUGUCAUUGGAUCGAUUUAUCAUUGUGAAGUUCAAACAGAUCCAAAUAUAACAACUCCUGAAUCUGCAGUCAUUGAUGCAGCUAGUGGACCUCAUCAUGGACCAAAAGUCAACGAUGAUGUUGCUGGAUUUUAUGUCAAUAAUAAAAAUAUGAAAAUUAAUUUUUUUCCGCUUGGACUUGAAAAGAUUUACAAAAAUUUAAGAAUGAUUUUUAUUCAUCAUAAUGGAAUUAAGGAACUCCAUCAAAGUGAUUUGAAAGAUUUAACAAAAUUGGAAUAUUUAAGCUUGACAGAUGGACUCAUUCAAGUCAUUAAAGAAGGGCUUUUUGACUUUAACCUUGACUUACUUUACAUUUCAUUUGAGGACAAUCGAAUCAGUCAAAUUCAUCCUGAAGUUUUUAAUAGUUUGACAAAGCUAACUUAUUUGGGUCUUAAUGGGAAUCGAUGUCAGUUUAGUAAUGCAAAUAAUACAACAGAAGUUGUGAAACUCAUUAGAAAAAUCAAAAUAAGUUGUCCGAUAAAUGACAGCUUAACCACAGCUGAUGAAUCGACAUUUGAAAUUGAAGAUGAUCUGACAGAUACAAAGGAUGUCAAAUCAAAUGCUGAGGCUAGUGAGGGAUGCAUGGCAGCUCCAAGAAUUGAUAUUAUUGUGAUUACAACGACUCUUUUACAUUUAUUGACUUUUAAAUAAAAUAUUUUGAUGAGUUUUUUAAAUAUUUGUCAAUUUUAUUGGUUGUUAAACUAAGAAUCGAGCACAACUGCAGUAUUUCUUACCCA